AUGCCUUCUUCGUGGGUUAUGGAGGAAGGUCUUACCCUGGAGGGCGAGGACUUCCCACAAGAGCAGAAGGAGAAGCUCUCUGAGUUGGCAAGGUUGUCAACACAGACGUUGAACCUAGCCAUGAGGCUGGGAACUGUGUUGCUCGUCACCAAUGCGGAGCAUGGCUGGGUGGAGCUGAGUUGCCAGAGGUUCCUCCCAGACCUGCUGCCGGUCCUAUCGUCUGUCAGGAUACUCUCAGCGCGAACCCAGUAUGAGAGCCCACGGGUACCAACACCAUUUGAGUGGAAGCUCCACGCCUUUCACAACGAGAUCGGACGAGUCUUCCAGGGCUCCGGCACAGCGCGCACAAGGCGAAGGAACAUUCUGUCCUUCGGGGACAGUGGCCACGAGAGGGAGGCCGUGAUCAAAGCCACGGUCAACAUGCCCGAUACCAGGACCAAGUCACUGAAGUUCAUCGACAGACCAGGCAUCGAGGAGCUUCGGAAGCAGCACUCUGUAAUUGUCAAGUGCCUCCGGCAGAUUGUCCACCAUGAUGGAAACCUGGACCUUUGCUUGCGGGUGGCCUGA